AUGUUGCUGAAACAUCGACCAGUAGGAUUGGGUAGUGGUCUUUCUUUAGGAUCACCAACUACACAAGCUAGUAGAAAUCAAUCUCCAGUAUCCGAUAAUUCACCAGUCGAUCAUAAUACAUUGGCGUUUAUGAUUUUAGCCAUUCUUGUUCCAAUUGCUUUCACUAUUAUUCUUUGUUUUAUUACUUAUUGCAUCUAUAGAUAUAAUAAAAGUUUAUCUUCAAGAGCAUCAACAAAUUCUUCAAUAGUACCACCAGAUCGAUUUGAUCCUCGUACUGCUACAGUUAUUUAUAAUACUCAACAUAGUUCAUUUAUUUUCGAAGAAUCACCGCCUUCAUAUGAUUCAUUAACAGAUAAUAAAAAAGAUUCAUCUAGUACAAUAACAAAUACAAAUGAACAAUUGCCUAAUACAACAUUGACAAAUACUAAUGAAAGAACAGUAGAAGCAGCAAUAAUUAUUCCAACAGCGCCUACUCCACCACCACCACCUUAUAUCAAUCUUGAUGAAUCAAAUAAAUCAUAG